AAGUUUCCAUCUUUGGCGUCUCACUAAAACAUUCUCGCCCUUCUUCCCCUCCUCCUUCUCCGAUGGCGGCUACUAGUGCUAGGGUUCGGUGUCAUUACAACACCUCUUUCACCACCAAAUCUCCCAUCACACGUCACCGUAACUCGUCGACGCUACAUGUUUCUCCGAACCGUCUCCGUUUCACACCACUGAAACGGAUUGGAGAUGGAUCAAGGAUGGUUUCGGGUAAAUGUCUCACUACUAUACGAGCUGUUUUGGAAGAGAAGAAGAAAACAGAGGAAGGGGUAGAAGAAGAGAAGAGUUUCACUUGCGUGAUGAAGUUUGGAGGGUCUUCUGUUGCGACGGCGGAGAGGAUGAGGGAAGUGGCGGAUUUGGUAUUGACGUUUCCGGAAGAAAGUCCUGUCAUUGUUCUUUCUGCUAUGGGGAAGACUACUAACAACCUCCUCCUUGCGGGAGAGAAGGCGGUGAGUUGUGGAGUUUCUAAUGCUUCUGAGAUCGAGGAGUUGAGCAUUAUCAAGGAUUUGCAUCUCAGGACAGUGGAAGAUCUAAAGAUCGAUCCUUCUGUUGUUUCGUCCUUUUUGGAAGAAUUGGAGCAACUACUGAAAGGUAUAGCCAUGAUGAAGGAGUUGACACUUCGAACCAGAGACUACUUAGUCUCUUUUGGAGAGUGUUUGUCUACAAGGAUUUUCGCAGCUUAUCUUAAUAAAAUUGGAGUCAAGGCACGCCAAUAUGAUGCAUUUGAGAUUGGUUUCAUCACAACGGAUGAUUUCACUAAUGGAGAUAUCUUGGAAGCAACUUAUCCAGCUGUUGCCAAGAGAUUAUAUGAUGAUUGGGAGCAUGAUCCUGCUGUUCCAGUUGUAACAGGCUUCCUUGGGAAGGGUUGGAAAACUGGUGCGGUUACUACCUUGGGUAGGGGUGGCAGUGAUUUGACGGCAACAACUAUUGGUAAAGCAUUGGGUUUGCAAGAGAUUCAGGUGUGGAAAGAUGUUGAUGGUGUUCUAACAUGUGACCCUACUAUUUAUAAAAGAGCUACUCCAGUACCCUUUCUAACAUUCGAUGAAGCAGCCGAACUAGCUUAUUUUGGUGCACAGGUCUUGCACCCACAGUCAAUGAGACCAGCAAGAGAGGGUGGGAUUCCUGUUAGGGUUAAAAAUUCUUAUAACCCUAAAGCUCCUGGAACUAUCAUCACCAAAACAAGAGACAUGACCAAGACAGUUUUAACGAGCAUUGUUCUGAAACGCAAUGUGACCAUGCUGGAUAUAGCAAGCACCCGAAUGCUUGGUCAAGUUGGGUUUCUUGCAAAGGUAUUUUCGAUAUUUGAGGAUCUGGAAAUAUCCGUAGACGUUGUUGCCACUAGUGAAGUCAGCAUAUCUCUGACACUAGACCCAUCAAAACUUUGGAGCAGGGAACUGAUUCAACAGGCAAAGGCCUUUUCAUUUCUUCCUUGUAAACAGGAGCUUGAUCAUGUAGUUGAAGAACUGGAGAAAGUUGCAGUUGUGAAUCUUGCGAAAGGAAGAGCUAUAAUCUCUCUAAUUGGAAAUGUUCAACAUUCCUCCCUGAUUCUAGAGAGGGCGUUUCACGUUCUUUGGACCAAAGGCAUCAACGUCCAGAUGAUAUCACAAGGAGCAUCUAAGGUAAAUAUUUCCCUUAUAGUAAAUGACGCUGAAGCUGAAGGAUGCGUCGAGGCUCUUCACAAAUCUUUCUUCGAGAGUGGUGACCUCUCAGAGUUACUGAUACAACCCAUACUUGGCAACGGGUCACCUGUUAGGACAGUGCAAGUAGAAAACUAA